GCGCGCUCGCGCGCUGACUGCUGCUGAGCUGAGCUGCUGCUGUAUACUGUCCGCUGCUGAAUCUUUUUUGUGUGUGUUAAAGAAAGAAACCGUGCUAAAACUGUGAUACUGACUACUAAUUAGACGACCAGAGGUUGAAGUGUUAAGUAAUUUACAUCGUAGAAAAGCAAACGUCAACGACCGGCUCGCUGAAAAGACCAGUAGACUCAGUCCAGCGGCCAGCGGCAGCCCAAAUUGGAACACGAACUUUCAUUUCGACGUCUGGACGUCCCCGGCGCGAGGCGUCGCCGCAGGGCUGGCUCGCCAAAGGCCGAGGCUAGAUCCUAGAUCUUUACAGUUCAGAAGUUCAGUCUCUGUAGGCCCUAGUCUGUAUCUAAUAGACGUAGAUCUGUACUGUGACUCAACGGCAUGCCGACUUAACUCCAUCCAUUGCGUCAUGAUCAUUGGCACUUGACAUGCUUGAAGUUGCAUUCUGCAAGGUCCAACCUGUUUGUAAUUUGUGUAAAGACUAUACGAAUCCCCGACUACACACUGUAGUCACUAGGCUGUGUAGCCUACUCCUGUAGCUGUGUGGUGCAUUGGUGAUCUGUUAAAACCAAUAGAACUUCAGAGACUCCCCUCCAAACAGGGCAAACAUCGUUCCCAAAGCUCAAUCAAAAGGACCUAUAGAACAAGUCGCCUCAGUAAUGAAAUCUCCAGACUCCACAACUUACAACACAGAUGAUGUAACGAACAAAUUGCUUGAUGACCUGAAAGAUAGGCUGGUGAAGCUCCGUGGCAUGUCUAUGUGGUCAGUUCCCGAAGCUCAUCAACUUGUUGAAGGUAUCAGUAAAUUGUACUGGGAUGCACAAGGACACCAGCAAGAAAUGGCAGAUGCUUUUUGUGAACUAGAGGGAGGUGAACUAUUUUUCAACAUACUUCUUGCUUUGAACAAAGUGGGUCUAUUUAGUAAAAACACAACAUGGAAGACUGCUUUCUACAUCUACAACACCUUAUGGAACUUAAGUGAUGCAAGUUUGAUUCUUUGCACUCGUCUUGGUCAGAUUGGAAUGAUCAAACUUUGUACAAUCAACAUCUCACACAAACCCUAUAGGGAUAUUAUUGAUAACCAAAAGGGUGUCUUGUUCCUGAUCAGAGCAUCCCUAAAUAUUUUGCACAACUUGGCAAAGGCACCAGGAAACAAGCAUGUUUAUAGAGAAGAGAAAGUGGCGGAGCAUAUGGAACUUUAUCUUGAGGGCGAUCCUUAUCUCAAGGCGGUUUGCAUGAUGACACUCGCUUACAUCGUUGAGGAAGGUCAAGAGGAGAUUUUAGCUGAGAAAGGGACCAACACGAUAGAGUAUCUCGUUGAAAUCUUGAAGGAUGCCCAGAAUAGCAAAGACAAAAGAUGUCAAGGGUUAUCUGAUCAGGAAGUAACUGCUGCUUUAGGAAGAUUAGCUGCACAUGACAACAAUAAAAAGAAGAUUGUAGAAGCUGGAGGUCUUCCUCUCAUUAUAAACAUGCUACAUGAGAAAACUACAGUGGCACAGGAAGCUGCAGUGAAUGCAUUGUGGAGCUUGGCAUUCUGUGAUGAUGUGAGUGAGAAACUGAGAAGUAAUUCAGAUUGCAUGGAGAUAUUGCAAGAGCUCUCAGUAAGUUCAUCGCCGGAGGUCUCAAAGGCAGCUCACGGUGCAUUGUGGGUAAUCAACAAGGAAGGUGAAAAGACAGACCUUGAGAAAAAGAGCAAGGAAGGUGCAGGAACAAUGAAGAGUGUUCAGAGUAAACAGCAGCAUGUGAUGAUCAGCUACCAGUGGGAUAAUCAACCAUUAAUCCUUCGAAUGAGAGAUGAAAUAAAGAGAGCUGGUUACAAACUGUGGGUAGAUGUUGACUGUAUGUAUGGCUCUACACUACAAGCCAUGGCAGAAGCCAUAGAGAAUGCAUGUGCCAUUGUUAUGUGUAUAUCAGAAAGGUACAAAGAGAGCCCAAACUGUAGAACAGAAGCUGAAUAUGCAUUUCAAAAGCGAAAACGUAUCAUUCCCAUCAUGAUGGAGAAGUACUAUCGACCUGAUGGAUGGUUGGGCCUUAUCAUUGGUGCAAAGUUCUAUAUGGAUUUCUCCGGGAGAUUGGUCAUAGAAGAAGAAAUGAGCAAGCUACUCAGGGAAGUUCAAAUGCAUGCUCAUGAAGCCAAGCUCACCUACAAUGAUGAUACUGAUGAGGGGGAUUUGGCUGGUGUUAGUAUAUCAUUUCCUCUUGAUAGUGCAGGAAUAUCACUAAAAAUGGAAAGCAUGAAUUGGUCUGCAGCUCGAGUGCAGGAUUGGCUGGCAGAAAAUGAAUUGGACCAUUUGCAACUGGUGAUGGCUGAAUAUGAUGGGAAACUCCUCAAUCAACUCUACAAAAUGAGAACAGAUGCUCCGGAUUUUUUCUAUGCAAGCAUUAAAGAAGACUUCAACCUAAAAAGGUUAAUUGACAUCUUAAGAUUUACGCAAGCUCUUGAUUCACUUCUCAAAUAAUUAGUUCUGUUUUUUUUUUUUUGUUAAGCAAAGGCUGCCCUAUAAAGUAACCUUGAAGAAAGAUUUGGUCUCAAUUGCUUUUCUCAAAGUUAAGCUCAUUUCAGUAUUUUUUGUCUUGAUGGUAUAAACACAGAGUCUCCUCAAAGUCUAACAAAGAGUGAUAAAUAUUUAGGCUUGGGAAAUCUUUAUUGUAUUUCUGAAAUGCUCAUUUUGUCCUGGUCUAAGCCUAUGUGUCACUCCAAUUCUACUGUGUACGCUAUAUAUUUUAUAAACAUAAUAUUUUGUUUAAGGCAAGACUAGAAAUUUAUGAGAGCAUAAUUUUGUGAUUUUCAUUUUGAUUCACUUACCAUACACUUAAAAUUGUCUUGACAGCCAUCUGUCUUUGGUGGCAAAUUGUCUACCAUUUUAGAGGAAUAUGUGUUUAACAAGUUAUGGAUAAAGGUCACCUGUCUUCACUUAGGUGGCCUUAAAAGACGCCUUCUAUGUAAAUACAGCGCCACCACAAAAUAUUUUGUUAUACAGUACAUCAGAUGUAUUUUUAAGGGCAAUAUAAUGGCUUGGCAUACUAAUUAUCUUUCAUAUGGCAAUAUGAAUGUUAUUUCAAAGAGUUUUGUCCAUGUUCCAUGCCUUACCAAUGAUUUUUUAGUAAAGGUCAUACCUUGAACAUGUCUAGAGACUUUAGUACAGGCUCAUGUGCUACCCUACUAUGACAUGAGGAAACAAAAGUGUACUUUAUUGUAAAAGAGCAAAACAUCUCUGUGAUUUAUUUAGACACCCAUGCAUUGACACAAUGGUUAAAGCCUAUCUUUAGUCUUGGUAAUUCCCCCCCCCCCCCUUGUAUUCCAUUCCAUUUCAUUACAAGAUCAUAUUAAUGAAUGUGAGAAAUUUACCAAUUUUACAUCAAAAUUUAAUUUGGUGCCCCUAAAACUCCAGAAUAUCUCUGUUUUGUCUUGUUUGUACAAAACACCUUCUCAAGCAUAGAAUGGUCUGAAAAUUUCAGGAUAAAAUCUUUGUCAGGAGCUAAAUAUGUGAAGGAAGAGCUCUAAUGGUUAUUUUUAUUUAAAAUAAAAACACUACCGGGAGAAGGCACUAGAUUGAAAGUUAAAUGCUGACUGCCAGAUAAAUGCCAUAUAUAUUUCAAUUCUAAUGGGUAAAAUAUGAUUUUAUAAUAGUAUUAUGUUUGAUGAUACUCCAGUGCAGUUAACAUUACUGACCACUUAACAAAGCUUCAAAUGAGAUUUAACAAACCAUAUAGAUCUCAUAGCUGAACUAAUGUUUUCUAUGAAAUUUUGUUAGGAAACAGUUUUAAAUUUCUAGAACAUAAAGGCAUUAAAACCUAAUUCUGGUUCAUAUGCCCCUUGUUUCAUUAGGUCAUAGUAGUGCAAUAUAAAUUUUAGGUUUGCUUUAUUAUAUCCAUAGUUUGGAUUUGCCUGGAAGUCUGGAACAAAAGGCUGUCCCUGGCAUAGCACAAAAAUCCUUAGGCAAUAUGUAUGAAAAAGCCAUUCGUUGAUCGUGACAGAAAAUGAAAAUUUGUUAGCGGUAUAUGCCAAAAGAAUACAUGUGUUGCUAAUGAACUGUCAUACAUAUGUCAUAUUACACCUUUGAAAUUAUAUCCAUUAUCAAUAUUAUUACUUUCAAUUUUUUUGAGAGAAAAUUAAAUUUUGUGGAAUUGAUAUCACACAACAUAUGGAAGAGCAGCUCUUUUGUGAUGCUUGAAAUCAAUAUUUAACCCUAUCUAGGCCAGGGUAUUUGGGGAGUUCCUAUGGCCGGGGGGGGGGGGGGGUGCCUCCGCACGGUCGCGGCGAAAAUUGGAACGCUGGUUGCCUGGGACAUAAUCUACAAGAUUGUAUAGUAAUUUAUUUCAUGCGAAUCGCUAUUAAGUGAUUAUGCU